GAGGAAUCUAUGCUGAGAUUAGACAUGAGUGAAUACAUGGAGCGUCAUACUGUGAGCAAGUUGAUAGGUUCACCUCCCGGAUAUGUUGGUUUUGAAGAAGGUGGAAUGCUCACUGAAGCUAUCAGGAGACGUCCUUUCACAGUUGUCUUGUUCGAUGAGAUAGAGAAAGCUCAUCCGGAUAUCUUCAAUAUUCUUCUCCAAUUGUUCGAAGAUGGCCAUCUAACCGAUUCACAGGGAAGGAGAGUAUCUUUUAAGAACGCACUGAUCAUAAUGACCUCUAAUGUCGGAUCAACAGCCAUUGCAAAGGGAAGACACGGUUCAAUAGGUUUUAUCCUCGAAGACGACAAAGAGGCAGCAUCUUAUACUGGAAUGAAAUCUUUG